UGUUGUAUGUUUUUGAUUUGAAACUGUUUUCGUAAUUUAUCACAUAAAUGCAAUUAAUAUCGUGAUUAUGUUCAUAACAAAAUACUGUAAUUAAAUAAAGUUUACGUCUAUGCGUAUAGCAGUCAUGAAACUCCUGUUUAUUGUGCUGAAAUUGAUAUAACAUUCACCAACUUUCUAUUUUGUGAACAUUUACGAAAAAUUCUUUAAAAUGGACAACAAGCACACUGUUGUUGAUAAAUUGCUAUGCAUGGCGUGUCUGUGUGUGGGCAGGACCCUGCAGAAAGUUACGGACGAGAGAAUGAAGCGAUUUUACUUGGACGCAUUAAAUGAAAUUCCUCUAUGUGACAUGCCCCAAGUAUGCCCCAGUAUUUGCUGGGAGUGCGAAGCUCUGCUGCGGAAGGUGGUCUCAUUCAAGGAACAGAUUAUGGACUCGUACAGGAUUCUUCAGACUUAUACUAAUGAGAAUCUCUAUGAAUGCCUGCUAACGGACAUAAGCCGGCCUCCACGGUUGAUUGUCCGGGUGAACAGUCCGGUGAAUGUCAUUCCGGACUGUGAACAGAAACCAGACGUACAGAAAGACCUGCAGCUGACUGUGUAUGUUAAAGACGAGGUGAAGAUUGACUGGGAUGAUGAUAGAGAUGAUCUAGAUAUAACACCAGCAGAACUGGAGGAUCCUGUGGUAGAUGAACCAAAAGAAAUAAACACAAUGAAGAAUAAAAUUGUAAAGAAACGGAAAAAGAAAGUGAGGAAAACUAGUUUGAAGAAAACUAAGAGUCAGAAACAAAAAUCAGAUGGUAAAAUAAUAACCAUAGAGCUAUCUUACGAAGAAAUGUUAGCCGAGCGCGAGAGAGACGCGACCAGAGACAAUUAUGUGAAGGCCCAGUACAAAUGUACCACGUGUAUUAUUGGAUAUAACUAUAUCAAGUCGUAUGAAGCUCAUAUGACUAAUAAGCAUUCUUCGUACUUGGGCGAAUACAGCUGUCCGAUAUGCAAAACCGUAAUUUCAUCAGUGGAUUCCUUCACCGCGCAUUAUAAGAGGCAUAUGCGAAGGUACGAAUGCAGUAUAUGCCACAAACGCACAUUGGACAUGAAAGUAAUGCAACAGCAUUAUUAUUCCACACAUGAAAUAACGCUCAAGCAGUAUAAGUGCAAUGUUUGCGGGAAGAUUUCUAAUUCCAUAGAUUCUCACCGGUACCACAAGGACACGCAUAAGGCAAGGGUGCAAUGUCCGGAGUGUGACAAGAAUUUCAGCCACCGAGCCGGUCUCAUGAACCACAGACUUGCAGUACACGAGCUGCAAAACGCCUUUCCCUGCACAGUGUGCGAAAAAGUGUUCAGAUGGAAGGCCAGUCUCAAGCGGCACAUGGAGAAACAUCAUGUUAAGGAUAAAAUGGCGUCAGCGGCAUACUGCGCGGCGUGCGGCAUAAGCUUUUCAUCCGUGUGCUCCUACCAGCGGCACAUGAAGAACAGCCUCAAACACGUCACACAGGAGCAACUCAGGUUUAUCUGCGACCAUUGUAACAAACGAUUCGCGGACAAGACUAAACUCCGGGACCAUAUAGAAGAGAAGCAUUUACACAGGACCUAUCAGUGCCACAUAUGCAAUAAGCCCAGUAAAAACCGCGUGGGUUUGGACCAACACAUACGGAACGUGCAUCGCGGGCGGCCCAACAACAAGAUGUGUCACCACUGCGGAAAAGGGUUCCCGACUAAGGUCCAACUGGAGUCCCACAUUAGAACGCAUACGGGCGAAAGACCGUUUAUAUGCGAAUUCUGCCCCACCACCUUCUCGCAGCAGUCCAACCUUUACAAACACAACCGACAGGUCCACCUGAACAUAAAGUCUAAACGCUACCCCCUCUGCAAGAAGACUAAACCGGAAGAGCACAAGCCCCCCGCCCCCGCGCUGGAGGACUUCCGGCCUGUUGCUGUGUUGCACUUCGAGCACGAGCGAGGGUUUCUAUGAACUGACAGUGUGUAGAUAUGUAAAAUAGCUGUACAAUUUGAUAAGAACUCAUGUUAUAUUGUAAAACUUUUUAUAUGUACUGUGGUUUUGGUGUCGCUAAUAAAUUAUGAUGUAGUUUGAAGCUUGAAAAAUAAAAAAUAAAACA